GUCUUCUCUUCAGUUGUUCGGUCAACGCCGUUGCAAGUGGUUGUAGCAAAAAAUAAAACGAUUUUUUUCAUCCUACCAAACCAUCUCCACACCUGAUUUGGCUUGGAAGCAUUCGCUCUCCCCUAGCCGCGCUGCCAGUUCUCCUCAGUUUCAGUGUUGUCCCUCGGUUCGCGUUGUUUUGUGUAGUCUUUGUUCGCGGUGUUUGUGUGCUAGUUGAAUUCAAUGAUUGUUUCAAUCCGAGGCAAGUGAUGCCAUGUGAUUCCAGUGGAAAACAAGUUUUUGGGAAUGGCAACUCUGGGACUGUCGAAGGUUUUCAUUUUGGACAAAUAUUUCACCGAGCUGCAGAAGUUUUGGGAGACCGAGAAGAAGCUUCAAGAUGCUUCCUCAUCGAAUGAAGCGGUUCACCUGCAGAAACGACUGCAGAGCCUGAGCUCAGAGCUGGUGACUCUGCGCAACAGACUGCACGUCCAAGGUCAGCCAGGGGGCACGCCUCCUGCCCCCAACACCCCGCCCACUCUGCCGGCGACAGCGGCCAAUCAGAGCGCAGCGUCGCAUCCCAACAACCAAUCAGCGCUCCGAACGCACCCCACCAACCAAUCAGCGAUCGGCACUCCGCCCACGUUCCCCCGCCACCUACCCGCACCUAUACCGCAGCAUAUAAAUGCUGGAGGGGUGGUAGGUGGUGGCGGGGGUGUGGUGGGGGGUCCUGGAGGUGCCAUGCAGCCGAGGGGGUCCACCUCUGUGGCUGACCUUGAUGACCUCAUCCACCUCGCCGGACCCCUCACCGAGGAUGCUUUGCUCAAGUGUCUCCACGCGAGGUUUUGUGCCUCGCAGCUUUAUACGAACGUGGGCCCCAUCUUACUCUCAGUCAACCCCUACAAAGAUGUGGGCAACCCCCUAACCCUAACCAGCACGAGAGGAAUCCAGUUAAGUCCGAAACUGCUGAGGGUAGUUCAGGAAGCAGUUCGUCAACAGUCAGAGAGCGGCUAUCCCCAGGCUAUUAUUCUCUCUGGCACAAGCGGCUCGGGCAAGACGUAUGCGUCGAUGCUUUUACUGCGUCAGCUGUUUGACGUGGCGGGAGGCGGACCCGAGACGGACGCCUUCAAGCACCUCGCCGCCGCCUUCACAGUCCUCCGCUCGCUCGGCUCAGCCAAAACCUCCUCCAACUCUGAAUCUAGUCGCAUUGGUCAUUUUAUAGAAGUUCAAGUAACAGAUGGAGCACUUUACCGAACCAAAAUUCACUGUUACUUUCUGGAUCAAACACGGGUAAUCAAACCACUUCCUAAAGAGAAGAACUACCACAUCUUCUACCAGAUGCUAGCUGGCCUCACACCUGAGGAAAGAGCCAAACUAAACCUGGAAGGAUAUUCCCCUCUGAAUCUAGCAUACCUGCAACAUGGAGAUACUAACCAGGACGAAGCCGAAGAUGCAGUCAGGUUCCAAGCGUGGAAAGCAUGUCUGGGUGUGCUAGGCAUCCCGUUCCUGGACGUAGUGCGCGUUCUAGCGGCAGUUCUGCUGCUGGGGAACGUGCAAUUCGUAGACGCGGGCGCAGGCGCAGCCGAGGUCGGCGUCAAAGGAGAGACGGAACUAGCGUCGGUCGCCGCGCUGCUAGGCGUCGGUCGCACGGCGCUGUUUCGCGGCAUCACGGCGCGCACGCAUGCGGCACGCGGCGGCCAACUAGUCAAGUCGCUGUGUGACGCCAACAUGUCGAAUGCGAUCCGCGACUCGCUCGCCAAGGCGCUCUACUGUCGCACGGUCGCCACCAUUGUGCGCCGCGCCAACAGCCUCAAGCGACUUGGAUCGACGCUCGGCACGCUCAGUUCUGAUUCUAACGAGUCGGUGCAUAAUCAGGCCGAGGUGGCAAGCCAACACGCGUCAACAGUGGGCACAGCCGGCUCCAAAUCCAGCAAAUCAAUGGCGGCGCUCAACAAUGCAGUCAGGCAUGCCACUGAUGGCUUCAUCGGAAUCCUAGACAUGUUUGGAUUCGAAGAGCCAAAGCCGAGUCAAUUGGAGCACUUGUGCAUCAACCUGUGCGCAGAGACAAUGCAGCACUUCUACAACACACACAUAUUCAAGUCGAGCAUCGAAUCGUGUCGAGACGAGGGCAUCCAGUGUGAGGUGGUCGUCGACUAUGUCGAUAAUGUGCCCUGUAUCGAUCUCAUCUCCUCACUGCGCACAGGACUUCUAAGUAUGCUGGACGUGGAGUGCUCGAUCAGAGGAUCGGCGGAGUCGUACAUAGCCAAAGUGAGAGCCCAACACCGGCACAAUCCGCGGCUGUUCGAGCCGAAACCCCUCGAGCAGAGAACAUUCGGCAUCCAGCAUUUUGCUGGAAACGUAGUAUACGAUGCAACCGACUUCCUAGAUACAAACAAAGAUGUGGUGCCUGAUGACCUGGUGGCGGUUUUCCACAAGCAGAGUUGCAACUUUGGAUUCGCCACUCAUUUGUUCGGCAGUGAACUGAAAGCUCUGUUUUCAAUGGAUACGGCUCCAAGGGGUGUCAGUUUCCGCAUUUCACCUACGUCUCACUCUGAUUUACUAAACGGAGAUGAGCCGGUUUCGACGCUGACACAAGACUUCCACACGCGACUGGACAACCUACUGCGCACGCUGGUCCACGCGCGACCCCACUUCGUGCGCUGCUUGCGUGCCAACAGCACAGAGACGCCGGGUCGCUUCGACAAGGCCACCAUCAUGAAGCAGAUACGCUCGCUGCAGGUGCUCGAGACUGUCAACCUUAUGGCUGGAGGCUACCCGCACCGCAUGCGUUUCAAGGCGUUCAACUUGCGCUACAAACUACUCGCGCCUUUCGGCAAGCUGAAGCGUUGCGAGGAGCGAGCCCUGGACGACUGCCUGUUGAUCCUGCAGUGCCUCGAGGAGAAGCACUCGCUCAAGGCGGCUCAGCAAGCGCAGUCACCCACGAGUCAAGUCAGCACCAGCUGGGCAUUCGGCAAGCGCCAUAUAUUCCUCAGUGAGGGAGUCAGGCAGCAGUUGGAGCGAUUAAGAUGGGAGAUGCGACACAGAGCAGCCGUGCUGAUCCAGUCGACAUGGCGCGGUUGGCACAUGCGCAGUAGGUGGCCGCUGAUACGGCGCAACCUGGAACAACUCCACAUCCAAUCGCCGUCACAGCUCAACAACACAACAACAUCGGUGCGCGUCAACAACAGUUCAUCGAAUAUGGCGGCCAGGGGUGCCAACAACAGCGCGACAACAACGGCCGGUGUGAUCAGCACGACAACUGGCAACACUGCCACGCUGACCCGACCGCGACCGCAGCCUAUAGCUGGCACUCCGCCUCCCGACCCCACUGAAAAGUGCAACCAGAAGAUGAUACAGCAGACCUGCACCUUGUUCGGACUCGAUAUGGAGAGACCUCCACCCGUUCCGCCUAGCCGAUCGUACACAGUUACAGGCAACACGAAGCUCGGAUACCCUCAAACCAGAGUCAUGAAGAAACCUUUCCCAGAGGACGGGAGUGGUGAGGUGACGUUGCUGAAGGGGGACACCGUGGUGGUGGUGGGGGCGUCACCGCAGAGGGGCUUCCUAGUGGUAGAGCACAGCAGUCAUAGUUUACAUGUGCCAUACCAAUACUUAGAACUCAAACCCAGUCCCAUUAGUAUUUAGAUCCGUCUGUAGAUUUUCAAAAACCAAUCAACUUUCAUCAACAAAGACUGUAAAUAGGGUAGGAGAAGGACUACUGAUUUUUGUUAAUAGUUAGCCUAGAAUAUUAUUUGAUAAGGUCAAAUUAUUACUUUAUUGUAAAUAGUUAUGCUGGAAAUUGAGUAUGAGAGAAUAUCUUAUUUGAGAGAAAAUGUGUAGAAAAAUUACUAUUGUUAAGAGUAGUAUUACAGAGUUUUUUAUUUUAUCAGAGAAAAAUGACUAUUGUCAUAGUCAUUUUUUAUAGUAGGAUCAUUCAUAUCCUUGUAGGAAAAUGACUAUUGUUAAAAGAAGUAUGAUCGUUUUUUCUAUUUUAUAUGGGGUAUUAUCAGAGAAAAAUUACUAUUGUCACAGCCAUGUAGCAUAGCAGGAUAAUUUAUGUCCACUUUGGUAGGAUGUCAUAUCCAAGUAGGUAACACUGUAAAAUCAGAUCUAGGUUCAGCUGGCGAGUUAUAUGCAUCAAAACCAUUCUCAAUGAAGUUAAGCCUACUUCUUUCAAGCUUCUGUCAACCAUCUGUCAGUCAUUGUGGAUGACUAAACCUAGUUAUACAGCAUUGCCAUUUUCCUUAAGCUAGGGUAUUUUACUGGAGAUGAUUUUUCUAUUGUGAGUGAAUACUCAUCCUAAAAAUUUAAUAACACAAAUAUUAUUUUUAUAGUUACAUUUGCUGGCAAUAGAAAUUAUUGUUUUGAUAGUUACUUUAGUCCGAAUUAUGAGUAGGGUUGUUUCUCACUGUGACAGUUGAAUCUGGUGAUUUAUUAUGUUUUUGGUGAGGAUAAAGAUUUUAUGGACGUUUGUUGAUAUAAUUUUUUUAAAUUGAAAAAAUAUAUAUAAUCGAAUUUAAUGAAAUUUUGGAAUUCUGAAAUUUAUAGGUCAGUUAGAUUUGUUAAUUAGAUUGUAGUUUGUACACGUGUGUCUUUCGAUGAAUCAAACGUUCUUACAUUAUUUAUCCAGUUGUAAUAUCCUUCCAUGAAAUACCUAUUAUCUUUCUGCCUUAGGUAUUACGUUUGGUAGCUAUGAAAUGGGAGACUAGAUUUGAUAUCUCAUGUAUCUGGGACAAAACAACGUGUCGGUCGAUUCCCAAACCGCUGAUCAGCAGAUUUGAUCUCCACUUACUGGUGAUAGUUUUGCUUGAUUGAAGAUCACAUUAUACCAUUGAUUGACGAUUGAUAUACGAAAUAAUCAAAAUUAACUUACCAAUUGACUGAUCAAACAUUAAACCAGUAUGAUAUGCUAACCCUAUAAUUGAUCCACUGCAUCAACAUUUCGAAGCAUACAACAGCAAGAACCAUUGCAAAGCCAUAAGCAAUAUUAGCGUUCAAUCACAGCAAUAAAAUUGUAAGUCAUCCUGCAAAAAUGAUUAAGAACAUUCUAACAUUUUAAUAGAAAAAUAAUAAUUUGUAAAAAUGUAUAUUAUUGAAGAAUUUUAAUUUUCCAAGAUGAAAUUUUAUAAAUUGCUCAGUUUGUAAAUAAAUGUGUUAAGUCUUGAAUGUAAAAUGUCAAGGAAAUUUGAGAACUUAUGAAUUUGAUAGAUUUAUAUUAGAGCUAAUUAUUUAAAUUAAUGUACUACGGUACACCUAUCUACAAAAAGUCCUACAAUUUAUUUCAAUGCAAGAUCAGAAUAAAUUUCAUUAUAAAAUACAAUUAAAAAUAGCUUUACAAAGACAACUCAUAUUAGUAGCCUAUAAGUUGAGAAACAGAGCUUUAAUAUUGAUUUAUUAUAUUUUUAUAUUAGUAGUUGGUUUCAUGAACAAAACCGUUAAAGUACACAUUCCUAAUCAUAUUUAUAUGAUUUGUGAUUCUGUCCACGAAUGAAUAAAUAAAAAGACGUUGCUUCUUGAUUAUCACAAAACAAUUUAAUCAUAAUUAAUUGAUUUUUAAAAUAUAUUGUUGAAUUGAAUUGGGCUCAAAGUUGAUUGCUAUGUUGAUGUAUAGUAGAUCAACUUGAACGACUAUUAAUCUAAUUCAUCAACGGACAACUUAAAUUUUAAUUUUAAGCUCGAUCACUUUAUUUUAUACUAAAAUGUAAAUUAUAAUUUUUUGUAUAGUAUCUUUUUAUAACUAUUUGUUCUAGGAUGAAAGUACAAGCUAUAUUCUAAUGUGCCAAACUACUAAAUUUUGUAAAUAUUUAUUAAUUAUUUACUCAUUCACUAUAUUAAAAUAAGACAUAGUGACUAGAGCCUUAGAACUUGUCUAUUGUCAUUUUAAAUCAUAGUUUAGUGCUACAAUAAACUAUUUGAAAUAAAGGCACUAGAUUAGAACGAAUAUUUAUCAAAUUCUAUUUUGUAUUUUUUUAUAAAAGCGUAAUGCCAUAAAUUAUUAUUAUUAUUAUUAAUUAGUAUUAUUUUUAUAUUUGAGGUUUUGCCAUAAAGUAAACUGCUCUUUGUUAAUUGUGUACUUGAUCCCAAUUCAAUGAUGUCUUCUCAUCUGCUUAUUUAUCCAUUCUUCCAAAAUAUUUUUAUUCAUUUUAUAUUGUAUUUGUAUAACAGUCUAUCCUUUAAAAUAGUAAAUUAAUAUCCUUUUUCAUUUUACUUGAUUUCCAUAUACGAUUGUGAAUAUUAAUCCUUCAAAGCAAAUCUUCUAAUAAUUAUGUUUGAACAUUAUAAGCUUGAAUAUCAUCAACACUUUUAUAAAUAAUGUUUUCUCUCAAUUCAUCUCUUGUUAAUAAAAAAUAAUGCUCGAGUUUUGAAGCACAGUAAUGUAAUAUUUAUAGCAAGUACCAUAUUAUGUUCAUUUCAGUCAUCACUAUUGUACAGAAUCAUAAUAUUGUAAGUUCGUUUAUUAUCAUAAGAUGAGUAACUUAUGAAUAAUAACAGAUAUAACUUCUUUAGAUAUAGAAAAAUAACUCAGGUGUCAUUUUUGCCAUUAAAGUACGGUAUACAACUUUAAACUAGGUGUAUGUAAUUUUAUUUCUGUUAUUACAGUACCUACAGUGAGUAAGAAUCGAUGUGUUUCUUUUUUAUCAUGUUUAUAAUGACUGUACAAAAUAGUUUAUCGAAAUAUAUAUUAUUGUAUCAACAUA